CUCCUCCUCCUCCACCCCCAAGGAUUUGGGAAUUCAGUCUCUCCAGAGAGUAAACCCCCCUCCCCACCACCAACACCUCCAACCCCCCCAAAAUGAGACUGGCAAAAAUGUGCCGAAUAAACGUGCUGGGGAUCUAUUUGUGGGAAACAAUAGUGUUUUUCAGCUUGGCUGCGUCGAAAGAAGCCGCAGCGAGGAAAGCUGCCUCCCCGAUGCCGCCCUCCGAGUUCCUGGACAAACUCAUGGGCAAAGUCUCGGGUUACGACGCCAGAAUUCGGCCUAAUUUUAAAGUGUGGAACAAAGACCCACAAGGCUCCAAAAAUGAGGCUACUCACAAGAAAGGUCCACCUGUAAACGUAACCUGCAACAUUUUUAUCAACAGUUUUGGGUCCAUUGCUGAAACAACAAUGGACUACAGAGUGAAUAUCUUCUUGAGACAGCAGUGGAAUGACCCUCGGCUGGCCUACAGCGAGUACCCGGACGACUCGCUGGACCUCGACCCCUCCAUGUUGGACUCCAUCUGGAAACCUGACUUGUUCUUUGCCAACGAAAAAGGGGCCAACUUCCACGAGGUCACCACCGACAACAAGCUGCUACGCAUCUCCAAAAAUGGCAAUGUGCUCUACAGCAUACGAAUAACACUGGUCCUGGCCUGUCCCAUGGAUCUGAAGAACUUUCCCAUGGACGUCCAGACCUGCAUCAUGCAGCUGGAGAGCUUCGGCUACACGAUGAAUGACCUCAUAUUCGAGUGGGACGAGAAGGGGGCCGUGCAGGUUGCUGACGGCCUGACGCUACCUCAGUUUAUACUCAAAGAGGAGAAGGAUCUGCGCUACUGCACCAAGCACUACAACACAGGUAAAUUCACCUGCAUCGAGGCUCGCUUCCACCUGGAGCGUCAGAUGGGCUACUACCUGAUCCAGAUGUACAUCCCCUCCCUGCUCAUCGUCAUCCUGUCCUGGGUUUCCUUCUGGAUCAACAUGGACGCGGCGCCGGCCCGGGUGGGUCUGGGCAUCACCACCGUGCUGACCAUGACCACGCAGAGCUCCGGUUCCCGAGCCUCCCUGCCCAAGGUGUCCUAUGUAAAAGCCAUCGAUAUCUGGAUGGCCGUAUGCCUGCUGUUUGUGUUCUCGGCCCUGCUGGAGUACGCCGCCGUCAACUUCAUCGCUCGCCAACACAAGGAGCUGCUGCGCUUCAGGAGGAGGCGACGACACAUGAAGGAGGAUGAGACGGGCGAGGGGCGCUUCAGCUUCGCCGGCUACGGCAUGGGCCCCGCCUGCCUGCAGGCCAAGGACGGCAUGGCCAUCAAGGGCAACAACAACAACGCCCCGGCCUCGGCCACCGCGCCCGAGAAGAGCGUGGAGGAGAUGAAGAAGCUGUUCGUGAGCCGGGCCAAGCGCAUCGACACGGUGUCCCGCGUGGCCUUCCCGCUCGUCUUCCUCAUUUUUAACAUUUUCUACUGGAUCAUUUACAAGAUCAUCCGCAGCGAGGACGUCCACAAGCAGUAGUGGGGACGGGAGGAGGGCGAAAGCACGCGGAGUGUACGUACACAGAGAAGGAAAAGAGAGAGGGAAGGGAGACAGAAAGACAGAAAGAGAGAUGACUUCCAUAGGAGAUAUCAUUGCCCCCCCCUGCACACCUUCCUCAUCAUCUUCCUCUUCCUCGCCCUGCUGUCUUCCUGUUCAAGGCUAAGUCGCUUUUUGUGGUAGCCCCCCCCCCCUCCCCUCAUCCUAUUAGACGUUAUUUAAAAAAUAUUUAUUGAUAUCCCUCUGUUCUUUUCUCGUCCUGUUUCACCGUCCCCGUCCCCGCCUCCGUCUCUUCACACCUCCUGAAUAAUCCGGACCAGUGCAAUAGCAAUGCAGUAAAAUGCAUGAUAUAUGAAUGUGGCAAUAUAUUUAAGAAAAGAUGAAAAACGAACAAGUAAACCAUGAAGACUUUUGCAGGUACACGCAACAAACUUUGCGAGAGUCGAUGGCUGGGAACUGGACUUGGAAUGAGAGGAAACAAAGUCUUGUAAAGGGUCUUGUGUUUGAUUUUGGGGUUUUUUUUGUGUGUGUGUUACGACUUGAAGACAGAGAUAUAAUUCUAUGAGAAAUGAUGUGGGGGAUGGGCAAGAACCAUACAGCACUGUAAUAUACUCAUAUAUAUAUCAUAAAUGGAAAAAAAAUAUAAACUUUAUUUCCAAAGGCGGGCAUCUGGAAAUGAGGGAUUUUUCACAAAAAAAAAGAAAAAAAAACAACUAGGAUCGUAGGCGGAUCGGUGCUUCCAUUAAAUAAAGCGAUGCAAGGAUCAUGCGUCCUAUAUAUAUCUAGAUUUGCUUCAAAUGUGUAUUGCAAGCACUCGUCGACGCUUCUCUCCCCCCCCGAAACCUCGAACUGCAAAGACACUUGAGAUUUCGCGUGGGUUGAUGCUGUUGCCGCUAUCGACCACGUGAUGGACACACACACACACACACACACACACUCACAGACACUCACAGACACACACACAAAAAAAUUAAUCCGGACGAGCAGCGCUGAAGAUAAGAAGACAAAAUAUCUAAUUUAUACAGCUGUGGUCAAACGUGUUCCUCUACCUUUCCUUUAUUUGUUUCAUAAUUGCAUUUGUUGUUUUGUUUGUUUUUUUUUCUUCUUCUUCUUCUUAAAUUCAUGUGCCAACUAAACAUGUCGCCAUGGCCGCAGCUCCAACCUCUCACCCGGAGGACGAUGAGGGACGAUUUCGAGUCGGUUGUUGCAUCGAUUGAUCUCUUCUCGUGCUUCUUCUGUCUUUGGGGUUAAUUUUUUUUUUUU